CUUUCUGAUCCUAAUAUAAAGCUCCUACAGCUACUUGGCCUGAGAAGCCACCUCAGAUUCAGCCAACAGUUGCAGGUAAAGGGUGGUCUCCCCAAACAGGCUCCAAGUGGUUGCCAUCUCGUGAGAUUGUUGAUUUGCCUCUUAAGCAAGAAAUUCAUUGCAGCGCAGCAUGGCUCAGACCAGCUCAUACUUCAUGCUGAUCUCCUGCCUGAUGUUCCUGUCUCUGAGCCAAGGCCAAGAGGCCCAGACAGGGUUGCCCCAGGCCCGGAUCAGCUGCCCAGAAGGCACCAAUGCCUAUCGCUCCUACUGCUACUACUUUAAUGAAGACCGUGAGACCUGGAUUGAUGCAGAUCUCUACUGCCAGAACAUGAAUUCGGGCAACUUGGUGUCUGUGCUCACCCAGUCUGAGGGCACCUUUGUAGCCUCACUGAUUAAGGAGAGUGGCACUGAUGACUUCAAUGUCUGGAUUGGCCUCCAUGACCCCAAAAAGAACCGCCGCUGGCACUGGAGCAGUGGGUCCCUGGUCUCCUACAAAUCCUGGGACAUUGGUGCCCCAAGCAACACUAAUCCUGGCUACUGUGUGAGCCUGACCUCAAGCUCAGGAUUCAAGAGAUGGAAGGAUGUGCCUUGUGAAGACAAGUUCUCCUUUGUCUGCAAGUUCAAAAACUAGAGGCAGCUGGAAAAUGUCUAGAACUGAUCCAGCCAUUACGACAGAGUCAAAAAUUAAACCAGACCAUCUCUCCAACUCAACCUGGACACACUCUUCUCUGCUGAGUUUGCCUUGUUAAUGUUAGUACUUUUACUCACCCAAGUCUUUGGAACCCUACUAAUGAAAAUAAACACGUUUUCAUCAUA